AUGAAAGGAGCAGGACGACACAGCGGACCCCGAUCCCCGAGCCUUGACCGAUACACUCAACAAAGAACCCAACAUGCAGGCGGUCUUGGUUCUGCUAUUCAAGGUGAUCAAAGUAGAUAUGGUAGAUUUACACGUUCAACUACAUCAACUUUAAUAUCUGAGUCUCGAAAUAAAAAGAUACUCAUACUGAUGAACUUUGAAAACCUUUUUUUCCUCACAAAAAAUAAUACUUCGUCCUCGCCAUGAGUUUGAGUUGUAAGAACUUUUCGUCUUCACAAAAUAAACUUCCUCCACCUCCUUCACAAAAUGUUAAACUCUCCUCCAGGUUCCGUGCAAAAAUCUGGACCUGGUCUCGGACGCUCUGGUUCUAUGACAGGUUUGAGAACCACUAUGGGUCCUACUGUCACCAAGUCUGGCUCUGUUACUUCACUGACCUCUUCGUCUCCUGCGGGAAGUCCAGCCAAGCGCUCGUCAAGCGGAAGCCAAGGAGGAAGAACCCUGUCCAACAGCGAACACUUCAAGCAAGAGCAAGAGGAGCGCCAACGAAAGCCGAAAAUCGUCUUCUUGGAUGUGGAUGGGGUAAGAAAACUUGAUUUUGAUUAUCAGGUUGCUUCGAUUGCACAGGAUGAAGGAAAGUUCAACCAGGUUGUAGAACAUCAAGAACUCCUUCUGGACAACCCAUAGAUCAUCUGUAAAAACUUUACUCCAGGUCCUCCACAGCAUCCGCGUGACCAGACAAGAACAACUCUUCAAUGGUCAAAAGAUGGCUUUGCUUCGUAAGAUUCUGCAGGCAACGGAUGCGCAGAUUGUUCUUUCUAGUGCCUGGCGCCGCACCGCACCGACUCUGCGUAUGGCCUAUGCUAUGUUGAGCAAACACGGAAUCGCUACGCCAAUAGAUAUCACUCCGGACUAUGGUGUCUGUGGCAAACGCAGCGCAGAAAUCCUCACCUGGGUCGAUAAGUACGGGAUCAAGGGUAUAGAAACUGAAUCGUGAAGUUCAUUUUCCUCGCAAGAAGUGAUCGUCUACUCCUCGAAAAGUAAGAAUUUUUAGCGAGUAGCUCACUGAAAUAAUAACAGAGUCUCUACGUUGCUUCUCUUUCAGUUCUAUCUCGCUUAUUUUAGGUAAGUAGUUACUUGCUUAUUUCAGUUUAUCGAAUACGUUCGUUCCUCGUCGUACAUCUACCACAUGAUCAAUCUCACAUCAACCUCUACACAGAUUGGAUCGCGAUCGAUGACAUGGAUCUGAAUCAGGGUGAGCCACGAAUGCGUCCUCAUUUUAUCCGGUGCAAUCCUCUGAUUGGUCUUACGAACGAUCUCGUUGAACAGUCUAUCAGCAUCCUAAACGUCAACGGCGCACCAGGGGCCGCCAGUGGUGCUUGAGCUGAAGGGAAGGAUUAAGGGCCAGAUAUUUCUUCUCCUGUUGAUUCAUUUUUAUUGAUAUAUUUAUGAUCGUAGAUAGCCAUAGCUUGAGUAAUUGAACGUAUUUGAUUUAGCUUAAAACACGCAUCAUCGAAUCUAGAAUAAAAUCGGGACAAAAGAUCUGCAUAUAGUCGUGCGCUUCCUAAGAAAAUCGAUAGAAAAAUAGCGGUGAACGGGAAGAACAUGUGCCAACAUAUGAGGCUUGAGCGUCCGUAAAACGACGUACUUACUAAGAUACCGGUAUUAUGCAUAGCGAUGAAUAGUGUUAUUCAAGACAGAGAAGUAGUUGCUCUCCACUUUUGCUCCUGAAUUUCAUAGCUGACUGGGCCUGGGAAUCAACGAUGCAAAUCACUAGCGACGUGCUGAUAAAAAACAUAAAUAUCAUAGAGUAAAUAGAUGUAUUCAAAUUGUUCUUCCAAAACUGUAUACCCCUUUGAGUUGUCUACCUCAACAUAAAAAGCCUGCUCUGCACAGUAAAAAGUAAAACCUGUACAUAUCUUAUACUUUGGACGCUCUUUCGAGCACGGGAAAACUGUACUAUUCGUUUGUAUAAAUCAGUAUUUUAUUAGUGAAGAUGUAAACCAAAAUCGAUCGAUAUUUUUCGUAUUCAAAAAUUUCAAUUUGUUCUUACUUGUCUACGCAAAAAAAAAGUGAUUGUCUUUUGGCGUUGUAAGUACUACUAGAUCUUCCUCGCUAGUAUCUAUUGGGUUAUAAAUAACAACAUAAUUGAGUGUUGAUAUUCAUCAGGGAUAAUGUUCAAAGACGAGGAGUGCCUGUGUCUUGUCUUGACCACUGAACUGAGGCUGCAUGUGCAUAGUCUAGCACGAUCUGCUGACGAGCUCACAGACAUUCUUCAGAACUUGAUCAAGCGGAUUUAGUAGUAUUUGGGGAUAUUCAUAUUUAUUGGAUUUUAAAAACAG